UCAAAUUUUAUGUUUACCGGCAUUUUUCUUCACAAUUUUUUGCUAACCUACGGAAUUGAUUAAAAGUUUAUUAUUUUUAGGCUUGUUAAACCAUUAAGAAUUAAUUAUAUAUAUAAUAAAAAUAAAAAAAUGGUUUCACUACAAGAUAUGACCACAUUACACUCACCCGGUACGCAGCCAUUGUGUGAAAAAACUGGACGUCUGUGCGUUUUGCCACAACGUGAAAUACAAGGAAAUUCCUAUGUGCUCGAGUAUUAUCCCGAAAUAAACUUAAGUUGUGAUGCCUUUAAUAGCACGUCCAUCGCUGGUUCUUCUUUGUCUAAUAAAUGUAUUGAUUCUUGGCGCAAUGUCAUGGUGCCUGUCAAUGAAGGAGUUUUGAAGCGGAUAAUACGUACUUUUUUCGAAAGUGGUUUCACUGAGGCCCUUAAUGAAGCCCGAGAUAAUCAAACGGCGAAUUGUAAUCCUAUGAUUUCUUCAACAGCUGAAUUUACUUUUCGUGCUAUAGAUUUUCUAAAGCGCUUAAAAUCUAGAGUAUUUCCUCAUAUGAAAGAACAAGGUAUCGCUAGCAUAGCCAAACAUUCGGAAACUAGAGAUUGGAUAAGAUCGUAUGUUAGAUGCAUUGUCUGGCAUCCAAAUUGUUUUAAAAUAGCUGUUGCUGGUCUAGAUGAUAUUGUUCGUAUUUAUACAGAUGAACCGGCUAUUGUGCCAGUAUUAAAGAGUGCUUCACAAAAAUGGAUAACAUCGAUGGCUUGGCGUCCCUACAGUUCUGGAGAAUUAGCUGUAGGUUGUCAACGUGGUAUUUGUCUCUGGACCAUGGAUAAUAAUAUGAAUAUUACCCGGUCUACUUCACAGGCGGUGUUUUUAAAAAAUCCCAAUCAUUGUCCCAUAACUUCAGUACAAUGGAAUUCGGAUGGUACACUUUUGGCUUCGGCAUCUAUUGGCGAUACAGAUGUUCUUAUAUGGAAUGUUGAUAAAAUGCAAAAUACCGCUCUAAAGAGAGUAGGACCACCUUGUUCGCUUUUAAAAUGGUCACCCGAUGGUUCCUGUUUAUUUUCCUCAACUGUGGGAAAUGUAUUUCGUGUUUGGUCUUGUGACAAAAAGUGGCAACCAGAAAGAUGGACCAUAAACACAGGUACCAUACAGUCGGCCUGUUGGUCACCCUGUGGUGGUUUUCUAUUGUUUGUUACUUCCGAGGAGCCUAUCUUAUAUCGUUUGCAAUUUUUCGAAGAGCAAUUAUUUCAAACUGGUUCUGCUCCCAAACAGGCUUUACCGGUGGCUGAUUUAAGCAAAAUAACGGUAGGUGAACGAGAAGUUGGUGGUCAACCUCAGUCUGUGGCCUGGGAUCCAAAUGGUCUUUAUUUGGCCAUUACCUUCAAAGAUUCACCCUGUAUUGCCAUAUUCUCUACGUGUAUACAAAAAUUCAAUUUGAGCAUGUCACCCUCUUGUUUUCUAACUGGCAUUGGUAAUGAGUAUCCUUCGUUUAUUUGUUUCCAAAGUAAAAAUCGCAAAAAUGCUGAUUCUGUUUUAACCAUAGGCUGGUCCAGUGGCCGCAUACAAUAUUUCCCUUUUGUUAAUAUGUAAUAAUCAUCGAACAUUAAACUUACUGUAAGAAAUAGUGAUAAAUACUUUGUAAUUCGAAAAUAAAAUUUUUGUUUUUUAUAUAUUUAUAACAAA